AUGCCAUACAUCUCGCUGUCGUCCAACUCUAAAAUAUCGGACAAAACGAUAGACAAAUUCAAUGCCUAUCACUACCGGCCCGUAUCGACCGCAUACCGGACACAAAUCGUAACCGCAAAUAAACACAUAAAAGACAAUUCCUACUAUACCUGGGUCACACUGUUGGAGUUCGAGUCCCUCAAUGACAUUGUCUACAAAACUGAUGCCAUGGGGAAUAGGGCGGGUGUGACGGGUCAGUGGUCUCUCCAUGAGCUCAAUCACAGCGAGUAUAAUAAGACACAGGAAUUCAAAAUUCUGGAAAAACGACUCAAAGUCUAUGAGAAGACAAUACAUAUUAAGCCCAAAGAGACGACACGUUUUAACUUUGAUUUCACAGAUAAUCUGCAACUUAUGGGAGAUGUGUUGAGGGGAAAGGCUGUUAUAUUCGCGACCAAACAGAUGGUUAAUAAGAUUAAGCGGACGUUCCCCAGAUAUGACUUUAAGAUAUUACGGGAAAAAUAUUUUUACAGAUAUUCAUAUCUAUUGGUUAGAAAAAAGAUCCCCUAUUCAGCGCAAAUUACAACCAUAUUUGAGCGCAUGAUUGAGACAAUUGGGGGUCGGAUAGGAAAUGCCAGUCGAGUGCAGAUACCAUACAUUCAACGGAAGUCCUAUGAGAUGAUCAAUUUGGAUGAGUUCUGA